CAUUCAUGGCAUGACGAAGAUCGCCUACAAACCCAUCGCAAUCUCGGAGGCGUCGGCAGUCCAUGCAAUCGAGUCAGCGUCGUAUCCCGAGGACGAAGCAGCGUCACUAGCGCAGAUUAAGCUGCGUCUAGAUCUCGCUGGUGCUUUCUUUCUGGGAGCUUACGACUCAUUGAAUGACCAAUUGGUCGGGUUUGUCAAUGGCACGCUUGCCCCACGGCGCGACUUGGAAGACGAGACGAUGUCCCUUCAUGACCCGAAUGGACACUUCCUUUGCAUCCAUUCAGUGGUUAUCGACACCGCGUAUCGCCGCCGAGGCCUCGCGUCGGCCAUGCUCAAGCAUUACGUCGAUGGCAUCCUCGCCAACCAGCCGCAAGUAGAAGCCAUUUUGCUGUUGUGCAAGCCACAUCUGGUUGAAUUCUACGUGCAAGCCGGAUUCCGCGUGACGCGACUGUCGCCCGUGGUCCACGGCAAAGAGCCGUGGCUCGAGUGCGUGUUGGAUUGUGUGGCGAUGUCCGGUUAGCACGACUUUGUGUGAUCUUGCGAGGGCACGCUGUCAUUGCGUUGCGAGACUUGUUACAAAUGUAAUCGAUGGAAUUGCAUGUCUGUGGGGGGC